AUGGGGGCAACGUCUCUGUCUGUGAUCGCGCGGAAGGCAGCAGAGCGUGUGGUGGCUCAAUUGGAUGGCGACGAGGGUGGGUGGCGGGCGUCGCCGCCAGUAAUCGCACUGGCUAAACGUCUCUGUCUCUCGGUCGAACGUCUCUGGGAGGGUUUGGGGGAUGUCUCUGUCUGUGAAUGUGCGGAAGGCAGCAGAGCGUGUGGUGGCUCGAUUGGGGUGGUGACGGGGUUGGUCGGUGGGUAUCGUCGCCACGAGUCGAACUGA